AUGCGGUAUACACAUCUCCUCGCCGCAGUAUCGGCAUUCUUCGCGCUCGCUUCGGCCGACGAGUCCAUCACCACCAAUAGCACAAACACGACAAGAUUAACAGGCACGUGCUACAACCUCGAUGGCUCUGAAGCGUCAGGUCACAUUCCCUGCGGCACCGGCGAGACAGUCAACUGCUGCCACAAAGACGACAUUUGCAUGUCAAAUGGACUUUGCUACCAACAGGGGGAUCGGUCGGUUCUGUCAAGAGGGACUUGUACAGAUGAGGAAUGGGGUGAGGGGUGCUAUGCGCCUUGUUCCGAGUAUAACCGCAACUCCACCGUGACGAUCGUGAACGCCGAGUCUGGGGAUGAGCCAGAGUACUGCUGUGGCUCUGUACGGACAGAAGCCGACGAUGAGAAUGAAAACGAUGAUGGUUCUCUCUCCUGCGAGUUCGGCGACCCAUUCACGAUACCAACUGGAGCAGCUAUCCCAAGCGUCGCCAGGUUAUCACCAACGUCAACGUCAACCGCCACCUCAACACCACACUCGGACAGCGAUGACGAAUCCGAAGACAAAGACAAAGACGAAGACGAAGAAACCUCCCCGUCCAGCUCCAAUAGCCACAAACAUACCCACACCAAAAUGACAACCGCCCUCGCCAUAGCCCUCAGCAUCGGAAUCCCCCUCGGCCUAGCCACCAUCUGUUUCGUCCUGUGGGCAAUCUGGGAGCGACGCCGGCGGCAGCUACGCGAUGUCGAAGCACGCACGCUUGGUUCCAAUGGUAGCGUGGAUUUGCCCGGCCUCCAUCAUCGCUAUGGGCCGAUUCCGAGUUCUAGUGGGAGGGGCACGCCGAAUCAGAGUGGGUUUUUUGUGCCGCAGACACAGGCACAGGCACAGGUGCAGGUUGGGCCUCAGACUCAGACUCAGGGUGCGGGUGUGGGUGUGCGUUCGCCGACGCCUACGCCUCCGGCUACCUCUGCGCAGCUGCAGAUGCAGUGGGCGGAGGUUCAAUGGCAAAGUCGGGAUCCGGAAAUGCGGCGGGCGAGCACGGCGUCGGGGACUGGGACGGAGUGGGCUACACCAAGUCAGGGAUCGACUAGCACCUGA